CUUCCCCUCCAUCUCUAACGCCACAACUAUCAAAUACUAAUUCUCCUACGUACAAUCCACUACCCAUUCUACCAUGUCGCACACCCCCCUUGACGAGUUUGAGCUGUUUGAGCUGUUGAAGCAGCGGCUUAGUGCGUUUACAGAGACGUUUGAGGCCCGCCUCCACAUGCAGUCCACAGCGCUCUUAAACCUGAAAAACGACUACCAGUUGAGACUAAAUGAUUUGAAAACACAACAGACACGGCUCCUCGGCGCGAUCAACAAGUUGAAGGAAGACGAUGGUGUUGUACGCGCUAACUACACUCAGGACCUCGCGGACCUCAAUACCUCCAGGCUUAAAAUUGAAACGCUUGCCUCCAACCAGACUAAGCUCGCAGACUUGAAGCAGAAGUUGCUAGCGCAGAUUAGCGAAAUUAACACCUCCAUCCGGGUGAAGAGCGAGAUGUUGCUGAAAACGAAAACGUUUCUCAAGCAGCAGAGUUUGCAGAACCCCAACGAGUUGUACGCGUUCGAAACGGUUUUGGCAAUGCGGAUUGACGCGCUGGCGAAUGACAUAAUCACGUUUGUGUGGUGGAACAUUGACCCUGACAAUUAUAUGCGCGAGGUGUCGAUUGGCUUGGACUUGUCUGAAGACCAGGAGCACGCAGGCUACAAGAUUAGCGAGUCAUCGCCCCAGUUAGACACAGAGACGAUUUCCGGCUUGGAGUCAGCAUUCAACCACCACCGGGAGUUGAGUUUGUUUUUGGCAAAGGCUCGAGGAGUGUUGAAAGGGAAGUUAUUAGAGUAGAAAGUCACUUGGACUGCGUGUUGCUACAAACUUGAAACUGUCAUACCAAGGUUUAAAACCCAGUCCGACGUCUGGGGAUUCAAGUUUGUAGCAACUUCUUGAAAAGGUUAUAUCUUUGCUCCAAACCCCUGUGUGAUGAAACAUUAGAAUUAAUAUGCUUGUUGUCCCGGGGAGUAUUAGCACUUGUAACGGAUUAUAUGUCAAAUAAUAUCGGA